AUGGUCAAACCGACUACAGUUCGCAUGUUGCUCUCCCUGGCAGUUUCACAGGGGUGGACUCUUCGUCAGUUGGAUGUCCACGAUGCCUUCCUAAACGGGCACUUAGCUAAAACGGUCUAUAUGCGACAACCCCCUGGUUACAAGGAUCCAACACACCCUGAUUAUGUGUGCCAUCUACAGCGGUCUUUAUAUGCUAAUGCCUCACGUGUUUUCUUCCUUGUUUAUGUCGAUGAUAUUAUCAUGAUGGGCAACGAUGCCGCCUUGCUUUCCUCUCUGCUGGAUCGUCUCUCUACAGCCUUCAAAAUUCGGGACUUGGGCACACCAAGUUUUUUUCUGGGCAUCGAGACUCUUCCAGUGGAUGGUGGUUUGGUUCUUUCACAGCGGCGUUACAUGGUUGACAUCUUAAACCGAGCUGGUAUGUCCGAUUGCAAGCCUCUAUCGACGCCAGCAUCCCUGACUCAGUCUGCGUCUCCGUCUUCUGAACUCUACGAGAAUCUUACUCAGUAUCGUCGUCUCGCCGGGGCUCUACAGUACUUGACGAUUACCCGCCCGGACCUUUCUUAUGCGGUCAAUCGGUUAUGCCAGUUUAUGCAUGCCCCCACGGUUGCUCACUGGGGCCUCCUGAAGCGGGUUCUCCGGUAUGUUAAGGGGACUCUGCGUUAUGGUUUACAGUUAACUACAUCAAGGUGUACAGAUAUACACGCCUACUCUGACUCCGACUGGGCUGGGUGUCCCGUCGACAGGAAGUCCACGAGUGGGUAUGCAGUCUUUCUUAGCUCGAAUCUUAUUUCGUGGGUCUCUCGCAAGCAGCGAACGGUAGAGCGCUCCCCCACGAAGGCCGAAUACAAGGGUCUUGCGGAUGUUGCAGCAUAG